AUGCCUGCCGCCGAUGAAGUGCCUUCUGAGAAGAAGACCACCAGCAGCUCAUACCGAGACGAGCUUGCACACUACAAAGCCCAAUAUGAGCAAUUAGAGUCCGAGCUUGCGGAUUUUCAACUCUCCAGCCAUGAGCUCGAGGCCGAGUUGGAGAAGGACAUUGAAGCUUCAGAGAAGCGUGAGCGCCAGCUGAAGGAAAAACUGGAUACCCAGCGGUAUGAGGUGGAGGAGUGGAAGACGAAGUAUAAGCAGUCUAAAGCCGAAGCCAACGCCGCCCAAAACAACCUACAGAAGGAGAUUACUGCUCUCCGCGACACAAGUCGUUCCCUCCAGCUGAAGCUACGUGACAUUGAGGUUGCAAACGACGACUAUGAGCGACAAGCCCGGAAUACCACAUCGUCCCUGGAGGACUUGGAAUCCAAGUACAAUAUGGCCAUUGAGCGCGGAGUGCUGCUGGAGGAGGAGAUAAGGGCAGGUGACCAGGAGCGCGAAAGUCUCCGGAUCGAUAACCAACGCCUGCGAGACGAACUGUCCGAUCUUAAGGUCGAGGCCGAGAUUGUCCAGGAGAGACUGCGACACGCCGAGGGACAUGGAUACCGUCGCCGCAAGCCGACACCCCUAUACCGCAGCCCCUCGACCCCGCAGACUUUUGAAAUCUUCGACCGCUCACCUGGCACUGCCACAUCGUCACCUGUUUUUGCGACACCACCAGCCAAAUCUUCAUUAGCAUCCGCUACUGCGACUCCUCCGUCGCCUCCCAUCUCCGAGGCCUCGACUAACUUCCGCAAGUCCAUCAAUGCUACCCCUACCUUCCCUCGGACAAGAGUUGCGGGUGCAGAUGCUGUCAACUCUCGGACUCUACAUCAAGCAAGAACCCAACCCCGUCCGAAUCAUUCUCGGGCCUCGUCCCUCGCCUUUAGCACUGCCAGUCGCUCCACUCCCUCUGUUGCCUCUCGCACUAGCAUGACCAGAAUGAAUGCGCCACGCACGUCGGGAUUGCCCAAAUCCGGGUCCUUGUACCAGAUUCGGGGCUUGAUCGGGAAGAUGCAGAAGCUUGAAGAGCGAGUGCAAUCUGCCAAGUCACUACUUCCUGCGCCUUCUGACACUUCGUCUCGAGGCUCUCCUCGUUCCGGAUCUGUUGUGGGCGACAGCCCAGUCCCAUCGACGGUCACCGUGCGGAGAAGCUCCUCCAAGCGCUUGAGUGGGAGCAGUUAUGGUUCCUCGGUGCGAGACAGCGAAGGCAACCCGUCAUAUCUUCCCCAGAAUCGCCAGUCGUUUGGUGCAAGUGCACGGACCGGGGACAGUCGCCCCAGUAGUCGGACUAGCUACUCGAGCCGCAGUUCGUUCAGCCAGAGCGUCCACUCAGGCGUACCCAUUCGCCCCGAGAGUCGGCAGAGUCGUCCCGGUGCCAAAACCCCGCUCGGCCAUUAUUCUACCAACCCCACCACCGAAAGCCGACGCCCUCGCUCUUCUCUGAGCAACCAUAACGGACAAACCCCUUCUGUGGGCAGUAUGUCCAACAUCGAUGAGGAUCGAGACAUUUCGAGCCCGACGACCCCGACGUCCCGCAUUCCACUGGAUUUCCGACGGCCAUCGAUCUCGGCCACCCCAGGAUUGAAGAAGCGCACCACUAGUGGCGUUUCGGCCAUCCCCACUCCCCGAAGCUUUAAGACCAGUAUCGGCCCGGGAGGGAUGCCACCGCCCGACCGGAAGCAGGCCAAUGGGCUCGGCGAGACCUUUUAG